ACUCUAGCGCCAUCUGUUUUUCCAUGAAUGAUCUUUCGGUAUCGUCCUUGUGUAAUAUUUCAUAAUUACGCUAAAAUGGGAAUUUUAUAAAUUGUGUCAUUCGGUAAAUUCAUAGUAAUAUUAAUGGAUGAACCAAAAAAACAGCCAGGAAAGAGAAAACUAAAUAAGAUUGAGGAGGAUCGAGAUAAAUUGACUUCGCACCCGAAAGUACAUGUAAAUGAGGGAUUCUCUUGGUGGAAUUGUCUACAAUAUAAUAUACCUAUAGAGAAGAGCAAACCAUAUGCUGUUAAGAAAAUUGAAGAGCAAUAGUUUAAUAACAUCAGCUGUCAGAUUGUUCCAUUUAAGCGCCAGACACAUGGAUAACGUAAACAAUGAACUUCCUCCCAAACCUAAAUCUCCUUCGUUCGAUGACUGCUGUGGCAAUGGGUGCACCCAUUGUGUUUUUGACAUCUAUGAAGAAGAAGUCAAACUUUGGGAAAAGGAAUGUUUGAGAAUACAAACUGGAAAACGAAAUAAAUUAGGAAAUUCGAAAGGCUUAAGUCUUGAAACUUAUACGUAUUUAAAAUUGUCGUGCAUAGAGGAAUUAACUCAGGAUACUAAAAAUUAUACUUUUCAAUGCGAUCAGCUCAAACUUGAACCUGGUAAACACCUUCUACUCAGGUGGAAAGAUGAAGGUUUAACUCGCCAAUAUACACCUAUAUCUUCUGAUGAGAACUCCUUUAAAGUGCUUAUUAAAACCUAUCCGAAAGGGAGAAUGUCAAGCUAUAUUAAAAAAUGGGAAAUAAAUGAUGAAAUAGAAUGGAGAGGUCCCUUUGGUAGUUUUCAAUAUACUCCUAAUUUGUAUCCUCGUAUAUGUAUGAUAGCUGCAGGAACGGGGAUCACUCCAAUGAUGCCAAUUCUUUAUUCUAUACUAGAUAAUGAAAAGGAUGAAACCCUCAUUAAACUAAUAUUUUGUUGUAGAACCUAUAAAGAAAUCUUAUUAAAAGAGCAACUGGAUCAAUUUUCAUCUUUCUGGAAUUUCAAAGUACAUUACUGUCUCAGUUGUGACAACAAUGCUAUAGCUAAAUAUAACGAGAGCCUUAUCAAAAGCAGAUUAAAUGCUAAUUUAAUUGCCGAUAAAUUAGGAUCUUCUAUUCAUCAAACACACUUUUUAAUAUGCGGAAGCGAAACGUUUCAAGAGGAUAUCAAAGCUUGUCUCAAAAGUUUAAAUGUGAAAGAUCAUUCUAUGUUUAUUUUCUAA